GCAGGGUGGUGGUGUGGCCGCGAAGCGCCGGGCGCCGGCAGAGCGCGGGUAAGCGGCGACAGCAAUGCUCAACUGCUGGGAAGUCGCACUGGGCGCCGCCGUCUCCGUCCCCGUCCUCCUUUUCGUGGCAGCGCCCUACAUCAGGAGGUAUGUCGCUGGAGGACGCUGUAAGUCGACAGCGAAGAUGGAGGGAAAGGUGGUGAUAAUCACAGGAGCUAACACAGGCAUCGGGAAGGAGACUGCCAGAGACCUAGCACGGAGAGGUGCGAGGGUGAUCAUUGCUUGCAGAGACAUUGCAAAGGCAGAAGCUGCAGCCAGUGAAAUCCGAGCUGAGACAGGGAACCAGCAAGUCAUUGUGAAAAAGCUGGACUUGGCUGAUACGAAGUCAAUCCGGGAGUUUGCUGAGAAAUUUCUAGCAGAGGAGAAGGAACUCCAUAUUCUCAUUAAUAAUGCUGGGGUAAUGUUAUGCCCUUAUUCCAAGACCGCUGACGGCUUUGAGAUGCAUAUGGGAGUCAAUUAUCUUGGUCAUUUCCUCUUGACUUUCCUGCUGCUGGAGCGUCUGAAGCAGUCUGCCCCAGCCCGCAUAGUGAACGUGUCCUCCCUGGCUCAUCACGGAGGCCGAAUCCGCUUCCAUGAUCUCCAUGGUGAGAAGAGCUACAACUGUGGCCUCGCCUACUGUCACAGCAAAUUGGCUAACGUGCUCUUCACCCGGGAGCUGGCGAGGCGGCUGCAAGGCACUAAAGUCACAGCAAAUGCUCUCCAUCCUGGUUCUGUCUAUUCUGACUUGGUCCGGCACUCAUUUGUAAUGACUUGGCUGUGGAAGAUAUUCUCCUUCUUCUUGAAGACACCUUGGGAAGGAGCUCAGACGAGUAUUUACUGUGCAGUAGCUGAGGAACUCGACUCUGUGACAGGACAGUAUUUCAGUGAUUGCCAGCCAGCGUACGUAUCUCCUCGCGGCCGGGAUGACGAGACAGCAAGGAAGCUCUGGAGCGUGAGCUGUGAGCUCCUCGGCAUCCAGUGGGACUGAGCAGCACAGACCUUGUGUGUACCUGGCUGAGUCCAGUGAUGCCUCUCUGGGGAAGAGCACUGCUGAGAGACCGUAGGAGUAGAAUGCUGUACUUCAGCUGCCCCAGUGAUGGCUCUGUGGGCAUAACCUACUUUGAAUUUCUGGAAUACUACACUUAAGAAUUGAGAUUUGUAAGCAAUCACUCCUUUUCCUAGCUGGAGAAUUAAAGCACUGAUGCAGGGAGCAACCUUUGCUUGGUAUCUCACACAGCAGCCCAAGGCUAUUGUCCUCUGGCUUUAGAAUAGAAAGGGAGGUUGCAGUCUUAGGUUUAGAUUAUGAAAAAAAAUUACCUUAAAUAAAGUUUGGUUGUGGGUUUUUUUCUAACAGCAAUAGUGAAAAGGUAGGACUCUAAACUUACAAUCGAAGGUUAUGUUCAGUUCCUACAGUUUGACCUGGCAGAGUGAAAGUACUCUAGGAUAUUAGAAUUUCUGACAAGUAAAUGCAAUACAAAUGCUCACAAGCACACAGAAACAGGUGUGGGCCUUUCUGUGCCAAGCAAUAGGUAACAUUUUUAAGUGGAAUAAUUCUCUCCAAGUAGCUGGACCCUAGCCACUGCAGUAUCCUGGCCCUAAGUGCCCAUUGAUUGCAGUGAGUUCACUGAGGGUUGGGCACAUCUUCUGAGAACCCAGGUCUCAGUGGAGGUGGCUGGGAGGUUAGAAAGUUGCAGGAGCACUGUAAUUGUGCAUGGCCAAGUUAUCUUAUUAAAGAAAUCAACAUCUCUCCUGUAAAACACUGAGCAAAGAUGGUAUAAGAAUUGUCACAGUAAGCCCCCCAGCUGCACUUUAAAGGACUUUAGAACCUAGAAAAGAGAAUGAGUGAGUAAAGAAAAUCUGAACCAUGUCAAAAAAUAUUAAACAACUAUCUUUUUUGUGCUAUUAUGGUUGAGCCAGCUACAGCACAGGAAGGUAAGAUCUACAGAAAUCCUGGCAUUUGUCUGCCCAGCAGUUACUGGCCUUGGCUGGCCUUGGCUGGCAGUCAGCCUGAGCAGGACCACACAGCUUGCACUUCCACAGGUCAGCAGGGUCAGUCCACAUAGCAACAAGACUGCUCCCUUGGAACUCCAGUGCUACUUGGGUGCAAUUGCUAGAGUCUGAUCCGUAAUCAGAUUAUUUCUGAAAGAGUUAAGCAGUCAGAAACCAAGCACCACAUCUCAUUGGAUUAUCUUCUGCUUUUGAAAAAGUCUGGAAAUUUUUGGAUUUGCAUAUGAGCCUGCCAUUGUGACCAACUGCCAGUUUUGGGAAACAAAUGCUAACUUUAAUUCUUUCUGUCUGGGUGUUAUCUAUGCAGAUCAGUCCUGUGCUACCUCUGAGCAACACUAAAUAAAGCCAUUUUCCUCUUACAACAGGAGACCGUAUCUUCUUUCAGAAAUGUUGAAUCAGUUUACUUGGUUUUGCUGUUACCAGCCCCUGCCUUGCUAAUGUAGAGAACUCAGUUCAGGUAACAUUUCAAAGUCCAUUUGUGUUUUUCCCUGUCGCUGUACCUUUUUCCCCCUCCCUCUUUCUGCUUCAUCCCGAUUAUGAAGCUAAAUCCACAACUCCAACGUAGCAGUAGAAUGCUACCUAGCAUUGGAGACUAGGCUUGCUUUCUCUGUGUGAUUCUCUGAUCUUGAAAGUAAUUUUCAGGAGCAAGAGAAACCAUUUUUUUAAAAGCAGAAAGUGUCACUAGUGUGAACUAUUUUUUGCCCUUGCAGGUCAAUGCUCUUCACAAGGAAGAGUGAUUGUAGAUUUAACUUAAGACAUAUUAGACUACAUAUUUCCAUAGAGAGACACCCACUCAUUUUGACCUUGAGCAAGUCAUUUAUACUUCUCAGCUGAUCUGUACAAAACUGAGGGAACUAAAGCUCAUUUAGCUGUCUCAAAGGGAAGCCUGUAAGGGACAGUUAGAUUAACUAGCAAAGCUCUGAAGAGGAUUACUAAGUGCACGUAUGAGGCUGAACUAGCUACCUAGCUUCUGGGAGGACUUCUAAAGAUGUGACGUUCCAAUUGAUCUAAAUGUUGAGGACGCUGUAGCAGAUUUGGCAUGACAGAAAAAUUAUCCCCCUUCUAAAUACUUUGCUAAGCCUAGCCAAAAGCAAAAUGCAGAUCUAGAAAGAGAGCCCCAGCUAUGCUAAGAUAAAAAGUAAACAGGAGAUACAUUAACAGUCAUAAUACUUUAUUCUCUUUUAUCAUUGUAAACAAACCUUAGUCAUGAACAGAGAAGUUCUUUUUAACUGGCAGUAGUCAAUCCCUUUUUGCUGACAAAAAUUCAAACCCCCUUGAUAAUUGCACUACUCGUGACACAAGGCAGUUAGUCAGGAUCAAAAUCUGAGGUUCUGCUGGUAUGAGAAAGAUCCCUAUGAUUCUGGGUUAAGAACAUUAAAUUACAACAAACA